CAGAACUGUUUGAUUUUUUCGGUUUUUCACACGUGCAUUUUAGUUUUUUAUCGUAUUUCGGCUGAAAUUCAUAUUUUUCUCUUGUAAAAGGCAAAAUGUCGACUAGUUUAGCUGCACAGUUGCAGCGUUUGGCUGCACCGCAAACAACCGUGCUAUUCGACAGCCGGAAGAAACCAUCGAUUCUGUUCGAAGCUGACAAAGCCGCAACCAAGGAUCGGGAAGUGAUCUACGAUAUUGGUCGUGAUGGCUUGGAGGAAUUGAUACAGAUCAAUCCGAUUUUCGCUCAAUUCGAAGAUACAUUGUUCGACAAAAGUUCGAUCGAUCUUCAGCGAACGGUUGAAAACAAGGACCUGAACCAGAAGCUGGACAACAACAUAAGGAAGUUUUUCUUCCACCUGUCCCCGUAUUUUAUGCUGCAACCGGCUCACAAAUGUUUGGAGUGGCUUAUUCGACGGUACAGUAUCCAUGAGUUCAAUCGUGAAGAUUUUGUCAAUCUCAUACUGCCGUAUCACGAAACGCUUAUUUUUGUUCGAUGCGUACAAACCCUGAGCAUAUCAGGAAAGAACGACCCACUUUUCUGGCUAAACGGGGUGAAAAAGAGUGGCACACCUCUGGCAAAGAAAACCAUACUAAAUCAUGGAGCUGGUUCACCGAAAUUUCUGAAAUCUAUUAGCACGUUUCUAGAAAAUGCCGUCAAGGAACUUGAUAACAAGGCCAACAUCCUCCAGGCAAUGAUCAAUUUCUUCUGCACUACCACAAUCGGAAUUCUAGACAAUAAAGAAUCGAUUGACGAGAAUUUUGUCCUAGCCAUCCUUAGAAUUCUUGUUAAAGGACUGAACUCGAAAUCCUUGGAUCUAACGGCAGCUACCUAUAUGAUAAUCGGGCAUCUGGUAACGAAAACAUUCCUCGCCCGUAAAACGCUAGAAACAUUUCUCACUCGUUUGUGUGUCCUACUGCACCCGUCUCUAGCAGACAACGCAGCAAUGUUGAUGGUUCUGAUCGUUCAAACACAGCAAAGCCAGCUGGGAGACAACCUCUCGGAGUCGGUCGUUGAUUCAAUUAUCGCCGCCAAAUGGUUUCCCGAAGCCCUCAGCCGGGUUAAGCAGAACAACGGAAUCAAUGUGAUUGUUCUGAUCCGGGCUAUUUUGGGAACCUGUUUGAAGGUUUGCCAGCAAGAGGAUAGCGCUGGAGAACAGCAGCGUGACGCUUGCAAGAAAUUUUGUCAGGAGUUGUUGCUGGAGCUGACGUUGACCGAAACGGAAGCGGAAAUUUUGGUUCAGUGCAUUUUGGAUUCAUACUUCCAUAAAAAUGAGAGUUCGCUUCCGGCACCGGCACCGGUGUCCUCGACGAGCUAUGCUUCCGCCCAACGGGAGGACUCAUCGUCAUCCGAAGUAAUCAGCCUAGUAGAUUCGGAUGAAGAGGAUUUCGAACGAAAGGGUGAAGAAAUUACCCGUUGGUAUUCGGACUUCCUGAGAAGCAUGGAGAACCAAUACCCGAACGCAUUCGAUGUUGUCGUCAAACGGAUCAUGAAGGGUCAAGGCAAUUUUAGCCAGGAUAAGCGGAAUGCUUUGAGAAACGUACUAGGAUUCUUGAUGAAGAACACCUACAACAAAAAUGAUACCAACAUUUUUGAAGAUCUAUUCCACUAUGAUGUUGAUCGACGAGUUGAUGCCGUGCGUUAUUUGGUUAAAGAUUUCCAAAAUAUCAGUUUGAAAAGUGAUGGAAACUGUGACCUCCUUAAGGAUAGCAUAAAAGAACGUCUGGAAGACCACGGACCGGAAGUUGUCACUGAAGUGUUGAAGUUGGGUCUUCAGAAUUUGAUGAAACUUAUCGGACCUGAAGAAUUGGUUGAUAAAUUGUACAAGAUUACAUUAAAAUGCUUGCGUUAUUCAAACAUCUGGGAAGCUGUGACCCCAAGCGUGAUUGAAAUGCUCACCAACAAACAACUUUAUGAAGGGGCCGAUUUAAACAAAAUCGUGAUUGCGUUGUACCCUUUUCUUUUUCCGCUGGACAAUAGCGAAGUUGAAGAACGUUUGGCAAAGCAGGUUUCUAAUUCGGAAUUUUCGAAAAAAAUCAACAUUCUUAUGCUUUCUGAAGGCAACUGCAAACACAUUGAUUAUGAAUCAAUUCUGGACUCUUUGGAAAAGACCCUUAGCUCGACACAACACGCGCAUGCUACUCAAGUUUGUUUCAGUAUUCUACUGGCAACAUCAUCAAUUCCCAAAAAUGCCCCUUUAAGUUUGGUCUCUCGAGUAUUCGAUUUUGCCAACAAAUAUCUCUGCAACAAAUUUAAAUUUGUGAGUUCUUCCAACCUCAGUUGUCUAAGGGCUAACAAGCUUCCGUUGGACAUCUAUGUUCUUGUCACCGGAUAUCUACUUGAACGUGUAACAUUUGACACCAGUUCCACGGAUCUUUCGAAUCGCUCGGAAUCCUACGAACUGCAGCUGAAAAUUUUCAACAUGCUCCUGAAUCAAUAUUUUUCAAUUGCUCCCAAGUACCUGGAAAUGAAACGGCUGUACGGAAAUGAGCUGAGCAAAUUCCUGAAGAUGCUUUAUCCUAAACCAGAGGAAAGAGUGGAAUUUUUAACCAACUUCUACGGGCUUCAUUUGAUACAACAGAAUCGUAAGAUGGACUCGACAAACUUUUCAGCGGAAACUCAGGUCAAAACCUUUAAGCUUCUGAAUUGUAUGCUGAAAAAAGUUGCUUUCGAAUUGAAACCUUCUAUACUAUUGAAUGUUUUGCUGGGCCUAACUUCGGAAGUAUCCAUAAUCCGUGAGUGUGCCCUGGAAAGUCUGGAACUGAUGGCCGGUGAGGAUUGUUGUCAGCUUGAAGCCAGCCACCGAUCGUUUCUGCGAAAACUCAUCAAACGACGUGAAGAGCUGGCCAUGGAUGGGGAACAGGUUUCGUUGAUUCUGUUUACCAUCUUUUCCUGUGACAAUAGUGGUGCUCUGCAGCGCAUUUUGAAUCAGCUAUUGGAGCAAGGAGUGGCUGAGAUAACACCGGACUAUGUGGCGGCUGGUGUGCUUGAUUUGCUGAAGCUUGUUGACGAUGAAAAUAUUUUUUCAAAGAUGGUUGGUCGAGGAGUUCGAAUUUUGAGGAGCAAUAACCGACCAGCAGUUUUUACUGCUUGUGAGUCUCAGUUAUUGAAGUUGCUGUUGGGAAGAAUUAAUCCUAAUACAAGUGCUAAUUUGGUAAGGAAUGAACAAUGCCGACAAUUCGUGGCAAUGGCUUUGAGGAACCAUUUACCGUUGGUCAGCAUUGAGCGGAAGCACGUUUCGACUGCAGUGUUGAUGAUUGAGUCGGUCGGAGAGGAAAUGUUCGGAACUUUUUCAGACAAUUAUGCUCGUGAACUGCUAAAGUUGGUAGUGGAAGCUGUUACUACUGCUCAGAACCAAGAAACUAGUUCAGCCGCUGGUAAGAUGUUUAAAAACAUAAAGCUUGAUUCUGGCUUAAUUUUGGAGCUAUUGGAUGAGAUGCAAAAUUCUAACAAAGAAGACACGGGCAAAAAGAAGGAUAAAACAGUUUCCAACGAAUCUCUGUUUUCUAGAAAUGAAUGGAAACGUGGUGUUACACUAUUGGAACUUUUGCAAAAUAAAAAACAAUUGAUAAAUGUUCAGCUGCUGAUUCCUAAGUUGUUUGAAGUGCUCAAAACUUGUCUGAACUUCGAAGAACAAUCGGGCGUUGAAUAUGUCAAGCAAAUGCUACUAUCUUUAAUGCUGAACUGCUGCACUGAUGCUAGCGGAAAUUCGUCGCUAUCAAACAGCAUUUUUAAGGUAGACUUGAUAGUCCAAUGCAUUCGAGGAACGCAAAAUCCUCAAACCCAUCACCACGCCCUGCUUUUGUUGUCACAUGUAGCUCAUCUGGUUCCGGAACAAGUUCUGCACAACAUGAUGGAAAUAUUCACGUUUAUGGGAUCAUCCAUCGUUCGCCAGGAAGACGUCUACAGCAUACAGAUCAUUUCUAAAAUUAUCGAAACAAUCAUUCCUACCUUAGCCGUUGAUCGCAAAUCCAAUGGUAAAAAUAACCACGAACGAGUGAUUCCUAUAUUGAAGAUAUUUGCCGAUGUUAUCCUGGAUGUUCCGGAACAUCGUCGAGUACCGCUGUAUUCCAAAUUGAUUCAAACGCUUGGUUCAUCUGAGUAUCUGUGGAUGUUUCUUGGAGUUCUUCUGGAAUCAGAUGUCGUUAAAGGCGGUAAAAAAGCGGACAUGGAAGAAGACUUCAAGAAAGCGAGCAAAAAACGACACAAAAUCGAAUCUGAAUACUCUCCCAAUUUUAGUAAAAGGUUAGAGAUUGCUAUGAAUAUUGCCAGAGAAUUUGAACCGAACGUUGUUGUUGAAACCUGUACCAAUCUGAUCAACUACAUCAAGGAUCUACCAGUAAAAAUCGAAACCAAAAAGGAUGUUAUGGAUUUGGAUACCGUUGAUGAGGAGAUAUUUAGCUUGGAGUCCCACUCAAACAAACAUUUGCGACACUAUCGUUACUCUACAAGCAUGUUUGUGAGCACUUUGAUCCGAUCCACCCAUGUGAUCAAUAAAAUUGCGGUAUUGGACGAACAAGGAGCCGAUUCAAUGAAAGUUUGCUACCGGGAUCUGAUUGUUGGCAGUCUGGGUUACAUUAAUGUAGUCUCGAAAAUUGUCGAAAAAGCCCGUAGUGAAAAUGAUGAAAAGGAGAAAUCCUAUUGGGAAAUUUCACUAGCCAUGUGCUAUGAAAUUUUAGAAGGAACGAUUUCGCUGCUGGCUCCGGAUAUGAUGAUAACCGUAUUUGCUGGUCUUCUUAAGCAUCGCACCCUGAUAAUCCGUUUGAAGGUAAUAGACAUUUUCAACAAAAAGUUACAGAACAGCCAAGAUUACUUUGACGAAUCACAUAACCCUAAGCUGUUGGAUCUGCUGUCUCCAUUGUUGCUUACGGUUCAAGGCAUUCUGACUGAGGAAGAAGUGAUUGGGAGCAACUCAAUAAGGCUGAAAAUUGCCCAGGAGUCGUAUUUAACUUUGAAGCAUCUUUCCAAAAUCUUGGCCCAGAAACAUCCUGUACAGUUCAAGCAAGUGCUCGAAGGAUUAAUAGAGCAAUUUGUGGAUUACAAGGGCAAUACUCAUGUUCUGGCUUCGUUGAUCCUCUGCAUCGGUGAGCUGAGUGUAAAUGUCGCUCCACAUUCAAUAUCCUAUCUACCGAAGUAUAUACCGAAGCUUACGAAAUUCAUCACCCGGCAAGUAGAGCUGGAAGAUUGUUUUGACCUUCUUACAAGCAGUAUCGUGACUUCGAUUCUGAAAUUGAUCACCACCUUGUCGAGAUUCCUCAGUCCAUAUCUGAAGUCAAUCAUCGUGGGAAUAUCAAAACUUCAGGCGAAACUUCCCAGUGAAAACGAUCCUCGUUUAACCAAUAUUUCAACUAGACUUGCUCAAAUAAUGGAAAAACUAGCUACGACUAUCCCAUUGCGUCUACUGAUUCCAGCGGUGGAAGGCAGUUAUAAAGAGUUGGUGAAAACUGGUGAGCUAGGAGCCAUUGGUCCUCUUAUGAAACUUCUUGGAAAUUCCUUCAACGAACUGCAAUCAAAUGAAUUCAACGCUCUUCAGUCUGAACUCGCAGAGUUCUUUUUAUCAGCCCUUCAGUUCCGUUGCGACAAUGCUUCAACGGCCACGUUCCUCCCCAAAUCUAUCGACAUUGCUGAAGAACACGUGAUCAAAGCGUUCGUGGUACUGAUUCUAAAACUUUCGGAAAGUACCUUCCGGCCACUGUACUACAAAGUCUUCGAGUGGGCCAAUCGUGAUUCGUCCAGCAAUGAUCGUGCCAUCACUUUUUUCAAUCUAUCAAGCCACGUGGCCGAUGCCCUUAAGCAUUUGUUCGUGCUUUUUGCUAGUGAGCUGAUCCAAAACGCUACCAAACUUCUCGAUGCCACCAACGCUUCCAAAACCGGCUCCGAAGAUGAACUGUUCUUCACAGUGCCAACAAAAAACGUAACUCUCAUUCGAUACAUCCUGAAAACGCUGCACAGCAUUUUGCUGCACGACAAUCAGAAUUUCAUCAACGCUCUUCGUUUCGAUCAAUUAUUGCAACCAAUCGUCGAUCAACUGGAAAACGUUAUUAUCUUUGAGGAACCGGAAAUUCGACAGCUCGUGGUGGACUGUUUGGCCCAGCUAACCGUUGUUGUUGCAGAUGACACUCUGUGGCGGCAGCUCAACCAUCAGGUUCUACUGAAGACCCGAAAUAAUGACGCCGAAGUCAGACUAUUCGCACUGGAGGCGUGUACCGAGGUGGCCCGCAAAAUUGGCGAAAACUUUGCUCCUCUGCUGCCGGAAACGAUUCCGUUCCUGGCCGAGCUGCAGGAAGACGAGAAUCAAGCCGUCGAGGAGGCGGUCAAACGGACCAUUCGGCUUGUGGAGAAAGUUACCGGAGAGGAGUUGCACAAAUAUCUGUAAUGGGCUUUGAUGAAUAUUUCUUUUUUUUUGAAUUUCGUUCAAAAUAAACUUAAGUUCUCAGAA